UUUCAAAUGCUUCAAUGACAACUUUGCGACUUCCAUUAAUCCAGGCCAAAGCAAUAAUCUAAGACAUAUGAAACCCGGGGUACCUCGAGAAUAUACAAUAUAAGAAAAUCAAAAUGGCAUCAAUAAUGGUCUGGGGAGCUGGCAUUGCCACAGCAGCCUUCUUGGUACGUUCCACCCAUCCGCCCAUGAUUUCACACAAUAUUCCUCCCAAAAGACUUUGCAGAUAUACUAACAUCAAAUACAGGGACGCGCAGGACUCGUAGCACUCCGCCGGUCACGAGGAGAACCCAUGGGCGCCUUGGGGAAAGCCUUCUACAAAGGUGGAUUCGAGCCCAAGAUGAACAAGCGGGAGGCAUCCCUCAUCCUCCAACUCUCGUACGUCCCUUCCAUCUCCCUACCAACUCCACGAACACGAUCUGCCAGUUUACGGGAACGCACUAACCCAUUCCAGGGAGCGCCAACUCACCAAAGAGCGAAUCCGAAAGAACCACCGCACCCUGAUGAUGCUGAACCACCCGGAUCGCGGGGGAUCCCCUUACCUCGCCACGAAAGUCAACGAGGCAAAGGAGUUUCUGGAGAAGAACGGUUGAUGGAUGGUUGAUUCGUGAAACGGGAUUUGGCAGGGCAUAGGGCAUGGCCGUAAUUUUCUUCAUCUUUGAACUUGCCUUCUCGGAGAAAAGGGUUAGAGGAUGUUAGAACCCGCGGGCGUUACCCUUGCACCAACUACCGAAGAAUCGAAUUUUUGAUUUUGGAAAUCUGUUGCAAGAUUAAUGAGGAGGAGUUGGUGUAUACUAUUUGAUUUUUGUCCUUGAGAGGAUAGGUAAGGCAUAGCGAAGGCGUUCACAUGGGUUGGGGGGUUUUUUUUGGUCAACCAAAUAAAGAGAGCUAAGACAACCAGCUACAUUUACACGGGGUUGAGGAACAUGGGAACAUGAUUGGGGAAUGUAUCAUAACUUAUACUGUACAAAACCACCCCACAAGUCAAGAAGGAAUGAAUCUCUUCUCAUCACAUCACACA